AUGGAAAUAAAUGGGUUUUGGUUGCUUGAUAGAAGAGAAACAAUAGCUCAGUCUUUGCUUAAGAAUGUGGACUUCAAGAAUGAACACCACUGCAAUAUGAAAUUUAACUCUCCAGUGGAGCUUGCGGAGCAUGUUUCAAACUGCAAUUUUAGGUCUAUGACUUGCACAAAUCAAGGGUGUAGUACCGUAUUUUGUGCAAGUCACAAGGAGAAACAUGACUCAAUUUGCCCCGUCAAGAUUAUUCCAUGUGAACAAAACUGCUCCAAUACCAUCAUGAGACGCGACAUGGACAGACAUUGUAUUACUGUCUGUCCAAUGAAGCUUGUUAGUUGUCCUUUCUAUGCAGUGGGUUGUCAAUCUCCUAUUCCGCACUGUAAAGUUGAGCAACAUAAUUCAGAUGAUCUCCAUUCUCACUUGCUUUUUGUUCUUCAAAGUAUUCACAAGGAAGCGUCGGCGGAGGAUCUGGAAAAACAGCUGGAGCGACUAAAAAAAGCAUCAUCAUCCAGUCAAUUAGCAGAUGCCCGAGAUGUGAGAUCAUUAACUUAUGCAGUCAAGGAAAUUGAAGCCAAACUUGGGCCAAUGGAAGUGAGCAGCAAGCAGCCAGAGAAUUUUGAAGCAAAUUAG